CCGUUCACAGCGAGCUUCGUCAAGCUUCUUUGAUCAUAUCCAGAUACACGUACAUGACAUCCUCCGUCCGUUUCUUAGUCCAUACCUGGGACUCUCGACAAUCAUCUGGAGCGCAAAGAGAGUCCCAGGUCUGGACUACUCCCCUGUGUUACUCUAUAAGGCCUGGUGUCUCAGCCAUUGCGCAACCCCGGCCUGGUUACUUUUCACAACACGACCCAAAAGAGAAGACGAAAGAAAAAGCCGGUAGCGUUUUCGCGUAGGUUUUUUUAGUUAUUCGCCUUUUUAGAUGGCUGUAUACCACGAUGAGGUGGAAAUAGAAGACUUCGAGUACGAUGAAGAGACUGAGACGUAUUUCUACCCGUGCCCGUGCGGCGAUCAGUUCCAAAUCACCAAGGACCAAUUGGAAGCCGGCGAAGAAGUGGCAACAUGCCCAAGCUGUUCACUCAUCGUUAGAGUCAUCUAUGACCAGGAUGAGUUCAUGGUCUGUGAAGAAGUAUCUGCCCCUUCGCCAGCUCUAGAGAAAGCAUAGACCAAGGAGACGUGCUUCCUACCAUAGAGAAGUGGAUUGAUCAGAUCAUGAAAACUCUACACGAGGCAAUGACAACACUGGUGUCCCAUUGUAAAGCCACUCUGGUCUUCAGGAGUCAACUGAUACAACAACCACAGAUACUGCAGAAAGAAUGGCUACCCUUUUAUCAUCGGUACGAUGUGACGGGCAACCAUCAGUUGAACCAGUCCUAUUCAGUCAAUCACCUCCAUCAUAUUUUGAGAGAAUGGACAAAAAGAAAGAAAUGCCUGGGGAGCAAUGCCCCCCCCCCCCUAGUUUUUUUU